AUGUUGUUGCUAGCUUUAGUGAGAGUUUGUGGAGACCAAAAUCAAGAAGCAGUUUUCCUACGUGAAUUUACUUUGAUUCGGAGGGAAAGUCUUCAUGAUGAUUUCCUAUCUGAUCUGCUGAAUAACCACAAAACAGAAGACCUGAGCUCAAGAACAGCUCGCUCAGAGGAAGAUCAAGACUCACUGUGGGAUGCCUGGGGCUCAUGGAGUGAAUGUUCACGCACGUGUGGAGGAGGGGCUUCGUAUUCCCUGAGACGCUGCCUGAGCAGCAAGACCUGUGAAGGGCGAAAUAUCCGGUACCGGACAUGCAGCAAUGUGGACUGCCCCCCAGAAGCAGGUGAUUUUCGUGCCCAGCAGUGCUCUGCUCACAACGACGUCAAGUACCAAGGGCAGUUUUAUGAGUGGCUUCCCAUCUCUAACGACCCCGACAACCCGUGCUCGCUGAAGUGCCAAGCCAGAGGAGCACCUCUGGUUGUGGAGCUUGCACCAAAGGUUCUGGAUGGGACUCGAUGCUACACUGAAUCCCUGGACAUGUGCAUCAGUGGCUUGUGCCAAGUCGUUGGCUGUGACCGCCAGCUGGGAAGCACUGUCAAGGAAGAUAACUGCGGGGUCUGCAAUGGUGAUGGGUCCACCUGCCGGCUGGUUCGGGGCCAGUAUAAGUCCCAGCUCUCAGCAAAUAAACUGGAUGACACAGUGGUUGCUAUUCCAUAUGGAAGCAGGCAAGUUCGCCUUGUGCUGAAAGGACCCGAUCAUUUAUAUUUGGAAACCAAGACUCUCCAAGGUGUGAAGAGUGAAAACAGCCUCAGCUCCACAGGCUCCUUCCUCAUGGACAAUUCCAGCAUUGACUUUCAGAAAUUCCCUGACAAAGAGAUACUGAGAAUAUCUGGGCCUCUCAGUGCAGACUUCACUGUCAAGAUUCGCUAUGCUGGUGCUGCUGACAGUUCAGUUCAGUUUAUCUUCUAUCAGCCUAUCAUUCACCGAUGGAGGGAAACUGACUUUUUCCCUUGUUCAGCAUCCUGUGGAGGAGGUUAUCAACUGACAUCUGCUGAAUGUUUUGAUCAGAGAAGUAACCGGGUAGUAGCAGAUCAGUACUGUCACUAUUACCCUGAAAAUAUCAAGCCAAAACCAAAGCUUCAAGAGUGUAACCUGGAUCCUUGUCCUGCAAGUGAUGGAUACAAGCAGAUCAUGCCCUAUGACCUCUACCAUCCCCUUCCUCGGUGGGAAAGUACACCGUGGACUGCCUGUUCCUCAUCCUGUGGAGGAGGUAUUCAAAGCCGCAGUGUCUCGUGUGUGGAAGAAGACAUUCAGGGGCAUAUCAGCCCUGUGGAAGAAUGGAAAUGCAUGUAUACUCCAAAGAUGCCUGUUGUCCAACCUUGCAAUAUAUUUGACUGCCCAAAGUGGCUUGCUCAGGAGUGGUCCCCGUGCACUGUGACCUGCGGACAGGGGCUCAGAUACCGUGUGGUCCUUUGCAUUGAUCACAGGGGGAUGCACACAGGAGGUUGUAGUCCUAAAACAAAGCCACACAUAAAAGAAGAAUGCAUUGUACCAACUCCUUGCUACAAGCCCAAAGAGAAACUUCCCGUGGAAGCAAAGUUGCCAUGGUAUAAGCAGGCUCAAGAGCUGGAAGAAGGAUUGGUGGUGUCUGAAGAACCGUCGUUUAUUCCUGAAGCUUGGUCCACCUGUAGUGUCACCUGUGGAGUGGGCAGCCAAGUACGGCUUGUGAAAUGCCAAGUGCUCCUCUCUUUCUCCCAGUCUGUGGCUGACCUGCCCAUUGAUGAGUGUGAAGGUCCCAAACCUGUGUCUCAGAGAGCUUGUUACAGUGGUCCCUGCAGUGGGGAGGCAGCUGAAUAUACCCCGGAGGAAACUGAGAUGCUGUAUGGCAGCUUGCAGGAGUUUGAUGAGCUCUAUGACUGGGAAUAUGAGGGCUUUACGGAGUGCUCAGAGUCCUGUGGAGGAGGUGUACAGGAAGCUGUGGUGACCUGCCUGAACAAACAAACCAGGGAGACUGCAGAAGAGACUCUGUGUGUGACCAGCCGACGUCCUCCACAGCUGCUGAAAACUUGUAGCCUGGAUCCCUGUCCCCCAAGAUGGGAGAUUGGGAACUGGAGCACCUGCAGUCUUACUUGUGGAGUUGGAUUACAAACACGUGAUGUCUUCUGUUCUCAUCUACUGUCAAGAGAGACCAAUGAGACUGUGAUUUUGGCAGAUGAAUUGUGCAAUAAACCUAAACCACCCUUUGUGCAAGCCUGUAAUCGCUUUGACUGCCCACCUUCCUGGUAUCCUACAGAAUGGCAAGAGUGCUCACAGACAUGUGGUGGUGGUGUCCAGAAGCGAGAUACAUUUUGUAAGCAGCACCUGGCAGAUGGAAGCUUGUUAGAGCUGCCAGAAGCCUUCUGUGCCACACCAAGGCCAUUUACCCAACAAGACUGCAAAAAUGAGGAUUGUCCCAAUGAGUGGCUUCUCUCAGACUGGACACAGUGCUCAGUGAGCUGUGGAGAGGGCACGCAGAGUCGAAAUGCUAUUUGCAGAAAGAUGCUGAGAACUGGAGAGUCUGUCAUCAUCAAUUCCUCUCUGUGCCCAGCUUUGCCAUUCUCAUCCUUGAUCAGGCCCUGUGCAUUAGACACCUGUGCAAGGCACAGCAGGCCGGCUCAUAAGCAAAGUCCUCAUAUUAUGGCUGUAAAGAAAGUUUACAUCCAAAUAAGAAAGCAGAAGAAGCUACACUUUAUUGUAGGUGGGUAUGCCUACUUGCUGCCCAAAACCUCCAUUAUUCUCCGAUGUCCCACAAGGAGGUUCCGAAAAUCAGUGAUCUCUUGGGAGAAGGAUGACAAGAGGCUUGUCAGCUCAGCUCACAUCACCAUUGCACCCUAUGGGUACAUGAAAAUCCAUCGUUUAAAGCCUUCAGACACUGGGACAUACACCUGCACAGCAGGGCCAGCCCAGGAGCAUUUUGUCAUUAAACUGAUUGGAAGCAACAAGAAGAUCAUUGCUGGGCAGCCAGCUGGUAUUACGGAGGAAGAGGCCAUAAGAAAGGCCAGCUUAAAUGAAGCCUUGCGAACACAAGAUAAACACAUCAAUGGAAUUCUCUUCAAUGGGAGCAAGGCUGAAAAGCGAGGGCACCUUGCUGACUACAGUAACUGGUAUGACGAAAUUGUCUCAAGGUUGCUACAGCAAAGGGGCUGGCCAGGGGAAAAUCUGGAGUCCUGGGAAGCCCAGGAUUCCACAGAGAGAAACACAUCCUCAGAAGAGGACCAGAGCCAGAGCCAGGAGUAUAACCUGCCAUUUACUAUGGUCACAGAGCAGAAGAGCUUGGAUGAUAUCAUAAGGAACUUGUCUCAACAGCCUGAGGAACUUAAAGAUGGCUAUACUGACCAGCUGGUUGUGCAGCUGGCUCGUGGGGUUUUCAAGAGUCACUUGGAGCAUCAGGGAUCUGUUCUUAAAGCAUCAAGGAGAAGAACAGAUUCAGCCUCUCUGGAAUACCCUCUCCACAGACACGUUUCUGGAUUUACCAGCUCCGUGAGGACGUCGUCUGCUGAAGCAUUUCUUCCCACACCUGUAGACCUGAUCAAUGGCUUGCGCAGACCUCAUCAAAAGGCAGCCAUCCUCCGAAAGAUUUCAGCAGCACAACAGCUUUCUGCUUCAGAGGUUGUUACCCACCUGGGACAGACAGUGGUCCUAGCCAGUGGCACCUUGAGUGUGCUGCUUCACUGCGAAGCAGUCGGAAACCCAAAGCCCACCAUCAGCUGGGCUAAGAAUGGAGAAGAGGUGAAAUACAAUGACAGGAUGCUGCUUCAGCCAGAUGACUCCUUGCAAAUUCUAGCACCUGUAGAAGCUGAUGUGGGUUUCUAUGCUUGCAAUGCAUCCAAUGCCUUGGGAUCUGACUCUGUCUCCAUUGCUGUCACUCUAGCAGGAAAGCCACUGAUAAAGGCAUCAAGAGCUACUGUGAUCAACACUGAAUCACCUGCUGUCACUGUUGAUAUUGGGAGCACGGUGAAAACAAUCCAGAAAGCAAAUGUUACCAUUAGCUGCCAGGUCGCAGGUGUUCCUGAAGCAGAAGUUACUUGGUUUAAGAACAAGGUUAAGCUGUCCUCUGCUCACCAGAUGCCUGAUGGGCUGCUGCUAAUUACAAAUGUUUCUCUGUCAGAUCAGGGUUUGUACUCCUGCAAGGCAGCCAAUCUUCGUGGGGAGGUAACUGAAAGCUCCCAGCUGUUGGUUCUUGAGCCUCCACGACCUCUUCCUUACCUAGAAGACUUGACAGCAGUGCUUUCCAGUGCUGGGACCAGCACUAGUUCUGUGCUGACCUCUCCCUUGGGAACAAAAAUGACUGUCAGUCCAGGGACCUCUGUUUUCAUAGGUUGUGCUGUGGAUGGCCAUCCAGCCCCAAAUAUCACCUGGCUUUACUCUGGCCAGCCUCUCAGUCUGCGGCACCACGUCCUGGCAGCGGGUCGGAUUCUUCAGAUACUCAAUGUCAGUGAUGCUCCUGAUGGUGAAUUCAGCUGCCUUGCUCAGAAUGAAGCUGGAUCCCUCACACAAAAAACAUCCCUGGCUAUACAAGAAUACCAGUGGUCAGUGGACAAGCUAAUGGCUUGUUCAGCUUCCUGUGGCCACAAAGGGAUGCAGCUGCCCCAGCUGAGGUGCUUACUGGAUGGGGCUGAAGUCAACUUAUCCCACUGCAAAGAGAAGCCCAAGCCAGCCCUGCAGCCCAUUGCAUGCAACAGGAAAGAUUGCCCUUCACGCUGGAUGGUAACAUCGUGGUCUCCUUGCACACGGAGCUGUGGGGGAGGCAUCCAGAUGCGGCGAGUGACGUGCCAGCGCCUGACAGCCAAAGGCAGCUCCAUCCCAAUGUCAAACGAGGCUUGUGCCCAGCUGUCCAAGCGCCCUGUGGACACACAGAACUGUAACAGGCAGCCCUGUGUUGAGUGGGGGGCCUCCUCUUGGGGCCAGUGUAAUGGGCCAUGCAUCGGACCACGACUGGCUGUACAACACAGACAGAUAUUUUGCCAGACAAAAGAUGGGACUUCUGUGUCAUUGGAUCAAUGCAGUGCCCUACCAAGGCCUUUGAGCACCCAGAACUGCUGGACUGAUGCCUGCGGCGUGCACUGGAGGGUCAGCCUGUGGACUGUCUGCACAGCUACAUGUGGGAACUACGGCUUCCAGUCCCGACGUGUGGAUUGCGUACACGUCCGCACCAACAAGCCCGUGCUGGAGCAUCACUGCUCCUGGAGGCCACGGCCAGCCAACUGGCAGCGCUGCAACAUCACUCCCUGUGAAAACAUGGAGUGCAGAGACACCACAAGGUACUGUGAGAAAGUGAAGCAGCUCAAACUCUGCCAGCUCACCCCGUUCAAGUCACGCUGCUGUGGGACUUGUGGAAAAGUCUGAAGACAAAAGCAGUGAAAAUGGAGGAACAAGGGGAUCACAGCCUGUGCUUCAAUGAGGCGAGGACUUUUACAUAAAAUAUAAAUGGAAUGGAAUUCUUUUUUCAUUUUAUUUAUUUAUUUCCCUUUAGGAAAAAAAA